CCAGACUUGGAAGAAAUCAAAGUUCGAGCCCCUAUAACGACCUAUCCUCGGGAUUUGUUCGCUCCCAUAAGAGAGGGACGAUCCGUUACAAUCGACAAUAUUCCUGAUCCCACCACGGAACAUUUGAACGUUGUGAACAAGAUUUAUUCAAUUUUCCAUUCGUUCGAUGUCACCUCCUUGAGUCGCAUCAUAUUAUACACGCCACGGAAAUCAAGAUUGUCGAAUUGGUACGUCACUUUGUACAUGGCUACUCGAGAACAAGCAGAAUUAGCUUGCAGAUUGUAUGACGGA